AUGUCGAGGAUGUGGCUGACCACUGCAGCGGUGUUCCUGACUGUGACGGUUGCAGCCGUCUCAGCAGCACCCGAAAGUGGCGGCAAGGUGGAAGCACCAUGCGUGGGCAUCGACCUCGGCACAACAUACUCCGUUGUGGGUGUGUGGCAGAAGGGUGAUGUGCAUAUCAUCCCGAACGAGAUGGGUAACCGCAUCACACCUUCCGUCGUCGCCUUUACCGACACAGAGCGGCUGAUCGGUGACGGUGCGAAGAAUCAGCUUCCACAGAAUCCGCAUAAUACAAUCUACACCAUCAAGAGGCUGAUUGGCCGCAAGUACACGGAUGCGGCAGUGCAGGCUGACAAGAAACUGCUGUCGUAUGAGGUCAUUGCGGACCGCGACGGGAAGCCGAAGGUACAAGUGAUGGUGGGUGGGAAAAAGAAACAGUUCACACCAGAAGAGAUCAGUGCCAUGGUGCUGCAGAAGAUGAAGGAAAUUGCAGAAACGUACCUUGGCGAGAAAGUGAAAAACGCUGUUGUAACGGUACCUGCGUACUUCAAUGACGCACAACGGCAGUCGACAAAGGAUGCUGGGACCAUCGCCGGUUUGAACGUAGUGCGCAUCAUCAAUGAGCCCACCGCAGCCGCCAUCGCAUAUGGGCUAAACAAAGCCGGUGAGAAGAAUAUCCUGGUGUUCGAUCUUGGUGGUGGUACCUUUGAUGUGUCACUGCUGACAAUCGAUGAGGGCUUCUUCGAAGUUGUGGCGACAAACGGUGAUACGCACCUUGGUGGUGAGGACUUUGAUAACAACAUGAUGCGACACUUUGUGGACAUGCUGAAGAAGAAAAAGAAUGUUGACAUCAGUAAGGACCAAAAGGCACUGGCACGUCUUCGCAAGGCAUGUGAGGCUGCGAAGCGACAGCUGUCGUCUCAUCCCGAGGCGCGUGUGGAGGUGGACAGCCUUACGGAGGGCUUCGAUUUCAGCGAGAAAAUCACACGUGCGAAGUUUGAGGAGCUGAACAUGGACCUCUUCAAGGGGACACUCGUGCCCGUGCAACGUGUGCUGGAGGAUGCGAAGCUGAAGAAGAGUGACAUCCACGAGAUUGUGCUCGUUGGUGGAUCCACACGUGUGCCGAAGGUACAACAACUGAUCAGUGACUUCUUCGGUGGGAAGGAACUGAACCGUGGUAUUAACCCCGAUGAAGCCGUAGCAUAUGGUGCCGCUGUGCAAGCUGCGGUGCUAACCGGUGAAAGCGAGGUUGGCGGGCGCGUUGUGCUUGUAGAUGUGAUCCCACUGUCGCUUGGUAUUGAAACUGUAGGUGGUGUCAUGACAAAACUCAUCGAGCGUAACACACAGAUCCCCACCAAGAAGAGUCAGGUCUUUUCUACCCAUGCGGACAACCAGCCGGGUGUGCUUAUCCAAGUGUAUGAGGGUGAGCGCCAGCUGACAAAGGAUAACCGCCUCCUGGGCAAAUUCGAGUUGUCGGGAAUUCCUCCUGCCGCGCGUGGUGUGCCACAAAUCGAAGUGACAUUUGACGUCGACGAGAACAGCAUCCUGCAGGUGAGCGCUAUGGACAAGUCGUCUGGAAAGAAGGAAGAGAUCACCAUCACCAACGACAAGGGUCGCCUGAGCGAGGAGGAGAUUGAGCGUAUGGUGCGCGAAGCGGCAGAGUUCGAGGACGAGGACCGCAAGGUGCGCGAGCGUGUGGAUGCGCGUAACUCGCUGGAGAGCGUUGCGUAUUCCCUACGCAACCAAGUGAACGAUAAGGAUAAGCUUGGUGGGAAACUUGACCCCAAUGACAAGGCUGCAGUGGAGACCGCUGUUGCGGAGGCGAUCCGCUUCCUUGACGAAAAUCCGAACGCCGAAAAGGAGGAGUACAAAACUGCCCUGGAAACUCUGCAGAGCGUGACCAACCCCAUCAUCCAGAAGACUUACCAAUCCGCCGGCGGAGGCGACAAGCCACAACCCAUGGACGAUCUGUAA